UAUAAUAAGAAACACAUGGAGAAUAGGAACAACGUGACAGAGUUUGUUUUACUGGGACUGACAGAAAAUCCAAAGAUGCAGAUAGUUAUAUUUGCUGUGUUCUUUGUCAUCUACAUCACCACUCUGGUGGGAAAUCUGAUCAUUGUGGUCACCAUCAUUGCCAGCCCAUUAUUGGGGUCCCCCAUGUAUUUCUUUCUGGUCUAUCUCUCCUUUAUUGAUGCCUGCUAUUCUUCUGUCAAUACUCCUAAACUGAUCGUAGAUUCACUCUAUGAAAAGAAGACUAUCCUGUUCAAUGGAUGCAUGACACAAGUUUUUGGGGAACAUUUCUUCGGAGGCGCUGAGGUCAUCCUGCUCACUGUGAUGGCCUAUGACCGCUAUGUGGCCAUCUGCAAGCCUUUACACUAUACAACGAUCAUGAACAGGCAGAUGUGUGGCUUACUAGUGGGAGUGUCAUGGAUGGGAGGUUUUCUUCACGGAAUCAUCCAGAUCUUCUUCAUCUUCAGACUACCCUUCUGUGGUCCUAAUGUCAUAGAUCACUUCAUGUGUGACCUGAAUCCUUUGCUCAAUCUUGCUUGCAUGGACACCCACACCCUAGGGCUUUUUGUUGCUGCCAACAGUGGAUUUCUCUGUGCCUUAAACUUCCUCCUCUUGAUGGUUUCCUAUGUGGUCAUUCUAUGCUCUUUAAGAACCAAAAGCUUAGAGGCCAGGCACAAAGCCCUCUCCACCUGUAUUUCCCACAUUACUGUGGUGGUACUAUUCUUUGUGCCUUGCAUAUUUGUGUACAUGAGACCUGCCGUUACUUUACCCAUGGAUAAAGCCGUGGCUGUCUUCUACACUAUGAUAACUCCUAUGUUAAAUCCUUUAAUCUAUACAUUGAGAAAUGCCCAGAUGAAGAAUGCUAUUGGAAAAUUGUUUAAUAUUAAAGUUAUUUCAAAUGAAUAA